AUGAAGGUGAAGCUGGACCCCCUGGACACUCGGCUCUAUGCAGACCCUUCCCUGCCACAGGCAGGAUCCUGGAGGGCUUCUGGGCUUCCCUCAGGACCUCCACAGUUGCCUCCUGUGGUCACUGGACCAUCCCUGGACACUGCCCGUGCUCACAUGCUGGCUCUAGGGCCCCAAAAGCUGCUGGCGCAGGAUGAGGAGGGAGACACGCUCCUGCACCUGUUUGCGGCACGGGGGUUGCGCUGGGCAGCAUACGCCGCAGCUGAGAUGCUCCAAGCAUACAGACAUCUGGACAUUCGUGAGCAUAAGGGCAAGACCCCUCUUCUGGUGGCUGCUGCUGCCAACCAACCCCUGAUUGUGGAGGAUCUACUGAACCUGGGAGCGGAACCCAAUGCCACUGACCAUCGAGGACGUUCUGUCUUACACGUGGCCGCUACGUAUGGGCUCCCAAGAGUCCUCUCGGCUGUAAUUAACUCAGGGGUUCGAGUUGACAUAGAAGCCAGAGACUUUGAGGGCCUCACCCCACUCCACACAGCCAUCCUGGCCCUCAACGUGGCUAUGCACCCACCUGACCUGUAUCCCCCAGUACUGAGUACCCAGGCCCAGGACAGGCUGGCUUGCGUCAAGAUGUUGCUGCACAUGGGUGCUGAUCACACCAGCCAGGAAAUCAAGAGCAACAAGACUGUUCUGCACUUGGCUGUGCAGGCUGCCAACCCGACCCUGGUUCAGCUGCUACUGGCACUGCCACAGGGAGACCUGCGGGCCUUUGUCAACAUGAAGGCCCAUGGGAACACCGCCCUCCACAUGGCAGCCGCCCUGCCCCCUGGGCCGGCCCAGGAGGCCAUUGUGCGGCGCCUGCUGGCAGCUGGAGCAGAUCCAACACUGCGCAACCUGGAGAACGAGCAGCCUGUCCACCUGCUACGGCCUGGGCCGGGCCCCGAGGGGCUCCGGCAGCUAUUGAAGAGGAGCCGAGUGGCACCCCCAGGCCUGUCCUCUUAGGACGCAAACCCAGAACCUGG